AUGCAGGCUUCACGACAGAGAAUAGGGCGUCAAUUGCUCGAUGCGAGUAAGAGGAGGGUAGCGAGAGAGCCGUACAAGUGUUUCUCUUGCUCGGCCAGACAGGCGCAGCAGCAGACGCCACCCCCGAAGUCUCCGCAGAAUGGCUCGCAAACGACGCAUUUUGGCUUUGAGACGAUAUCCGAGGCCUUGAAGGAGCAGCGAGUCGGCGCAGUCUUCUCCUCCGUCGCCUCAUCCUACGACUCCAUGAAUGACUUCAUGUCCCUUGGAAUCCACCGCCUCUGGAAAGACCACUUCGUCCGCAACCUGAACCCUGGUCGUAACCCCCUCACCGCGUCUCCUGGCGAACAACAAGGCAUGAACAUCCUCGACAUAGCCGGCGGCACCGGCGACAUCGCCUUCCGCAUGCUCGACCACGCCUCGACCAUCAACCACGACGCCCACACCAAAGUCACCGUCGCAGACAUCAACCCGGACAUGCUCGCCGAAGGCCGCAAGCGCUCUUUGCAAACCCCUUACGCCCGCUCCCCGCGCCUCGACUUCAUAGAAGCGAAUGCCGAGAAACUCGAUAUGAUUCCCUCGUCCAGCAUCGAUCUCUACACCGUGGCGUUUGGAAUCCGAAACUUCACACACAAGGAGAUUGCGCUGAAGGAAGCGUUCCGUGUCUUGAAGCCUGGUGGUGUAUUCGCUUGUCUCGAGUUUAGUAAGGUGAAUAACCCGCUUUUCGAUGCCGUGUACCAGCGGUGGAGUUUCGGUGCUAUUCCCUUGAUCGGACAACUUGUUGCGGGGGAUAGGGAUAGCUAUCAGUAUCUUGUGGAGAGUAUUGCGCGGUUCCCUAGUCAGACGGAGUUUAGCAAUAUGAUCAGGGAUGCUGGAUUUUUGGUGCCAGGCAAGGGGUACGAGGAUUUGACGAAUGGCAUUGCGGCGAUCCACAAGGGUGUUAAGCCAAAGGCGUAG